GGGAUUUGGCCGGAAUUACGAAGGUACCGGCUUCCGGGAGGACUUUCUGUCCGUCCGGCUCUGCGGACUCAAGGAGAGAAAGGAGAAAAUCUUUAAAUCACAACUCCUUACAGAUUCAUACAUAUCUGUACAGAGGUGCGCCUCUCCUUCCUGAUGCAGAACCCCAUGAAAUGAAUAAAGCACCACAGCCUAUAACAGGACCCCCCUCCAUUCCCCACCCUGCCCCGUCCCCUGGCCUUUCACAGCCCCCUUUCUCCCCUGGGCAGCCCCCUUCUGUUGUGUUUGCCACCCAACCGCCUCAAAUGAACCCAACACCACAGCCCAGACAGGGAAGCUUCAGAUCUCUUCAGCCCUACUACGCCAACAGAACAAGUUUGCCUCCCAGCAGUGGGCCUCGAGGUGUUCCAACCAGUAGUGCCCCUCGGUCUGGAACUCCCACCCAUGUCUACCAGCCACACCCUGGUUCCCAAAUGAUGGUGAUCCCAGGACAACAGUUGCCCUUCCCGAGCUCACCACAGGGGGCAGCCUAUUUUAUACAAGGACAGUAUCUCCACACGGCUGACAUCACUCCUACACCACCUGCUUGGAAGUACCGUUCACCAACCUUCGUGGCCACACCCCAGCAAUACCCUGUACCAGCUGGAGCGCCAGGUUUCUACCCAGGCACCAGCCCGUCCGAAUAUGGUAAUUAUGCCGGGGCCUACUAUCCAGCCCAGCCUCAGUUUACUCCCCCAGUGCCGGCGCCACCCGUCGUCAUGAACCCUGCCCCUCAACAGCAGCAACCACCACCACAGUCUCAGCAACACAUUCACACCAAACGCGAACGUAAACAGAUCCGAAUAAGAGACCCAAACCAAGGAGGCCGGGACGUCACAGAGGAGAUUAUGUCAGGGGGCUGCAGUGGAUCAAACCCAACUCCACCACAGACUGCCAUAUCAGGAUCAGACACAGGAUUGGUCCAGGCCAACGGUGAGAACACCCCAGCUGCUGCUGGUCCAGCAGAUAUUAGAACAGAUGACAGAGGAAAACCUUUGCUGCCUUCUUUGUCACAGCCUCCUGAUAUUGUUCAGGAUGACCUCACCCCAGCAGAGGCUACCUUGUCUGACAUGAACAAUCAGCCAACUACACCAUCUGUAAUAUCAGAAACCCCUGUCAGCACUAUUUGUAUUUCCCCACCUGCGCCCAUUGUUGCCAUUACAGACAUAAUGUUCGCUGCCACAUCUCCCAGAGAACUAACUCCAGAGCCUCAAUCUGCGCCUGAGGUGCCUGCCUACCCUGCACCCCUUCCUGAUCCUAUGCCCACCUCUGCAGUUCAGGAAAACCCAGAAAGGACAGCCACAAAUCUUGAGGAGGUGGAUGUGAUGAUUAGAGAGGAGGAGGAGGAGGUUCAUUCAGAGGAUGCUUCAUCUUUAAUGGACAAGUCUCACACACUCUCCUCCUCUGCAAAUGGUGUGGCUAUAGAUGUGCCAAAAAGCCCUUCGGUGAUGCUGCCAUCUAGUCACCAGGAGUCUUCUCUGGAGUCUCCUAUUGCUCAGCCAGAGGAGCUCUGCCUUUCCAAUGGUUUACCACUUCCAUCCCCCCAAGACCCGGAGGCCCUUGCUGUUAGCGCAGAAGAGCAUGAUGACAGCCCCAUUGCUGAGCCUGAUGUUUGUCUGCAGCCUGUCAUUAAAACCUCCAAAGCCACCAUGAAGGCAGUGCCUACAUCACUUGUUGAAUCAACCACAGCGCCUGCUGCCGAGUCCGUUCCUACCGUCAGUCCAGAGGUUCCUGCUGAAACAAUUACCCAGGCAGCAUCUUCCCAGCCCGAGGCUGAAGAAACAGUUCCUCCUGUUUCUCAAAACACCAGUGAGGAUACCAUAAUGCCUCAAUGUACUGCAGGAUCAAUGUCAUCUCCACUGGUGGCAGGCUCAAAAGAUGACCGCGUCCGAGAAACAGUGACAAGUCCUCCCCAGACUGUCAUUACCCUUGUAGAAACUACUAUGCAAGCUGUGCCAAAGAAAAAGAGAAAAAUGAAGGAUUUGAAUAAAAAGGAGGCAGUGGGAGAUCUAUUGGAUGCAUUUAAAGAGGAGAAAGUAGUUGUACCACCAGAGCCCGAGGUUGUCCCAGCAACAUCAGCUGAAACCCAGCCUCCUGCUCCAUCUCCAGCAUUAGAAGACAAUGACUUAACUUGGGAGGACAAGGAGGACAAGCUGGAUUCUGAGAACAUUCAGCCAAACCCUCCGAAGCAGACAGCAACUGACAAGGAAUAUCAGUAUAAAGAGGAACAAUGGAAGCCAAUCAAUCCGGAGGAGAAGAAAAAGUAUGACCGCGCGUUCCUUCUGAGAUUUCAAUUCAUCUCAGCCAGUAUGAAUAAGCCUGAGGGUCUUCCUGCUAUAAAUGAUGUUGUCCUAGACAAGGCUAACAAGACUCCUCUGCGCCAAAUUGACCCCAGUCGGCUGCCUGGGGUGAACUAUGGUCCUGAUUUCACACCUUCGUUUGCUAACCUUGGCAGGCCAGGUUUAGGAGGAGGAAGUCGAGGACCACCUCCCGGUAUGGGUGUCGGUAUAGGUGGUCCACGUCGGUCUCAGCAGAUGCAACGGAAAGAACCGAGGAAAAUUAUUACCAGCAUGUCUCUUAAUGAGGAUGUCAAGCUGAACAAGGCUGAGAAGGCAUGGAAGCCUUCCCUGAAAAAAGCAAUGCGUGGUUGCGCUGGAGAAGAGACCGUGGAGAAUGAUCCAGAUCAACUCAAGACGCAGGAAUUAUUUAAAAAGGUCCGCAGUAUCCUCAACAAACUGACCCCGCAAAAGUUUCAACAGCUAAUGAAACAAGUGUCAGAACUCACUAUCGACACGGAGGAGAAGUUAAAAGGUGUCAUAGACCUCACCUUUGAAAAGGCCAUCUCUGAGCCAGAUUUUUCAGUGGCCUAUGCGAACAUGUGCCGCUGCCUUCUGGGGCUAAAAGUCCAAGCCACAGAUAAGCCAGGGGACACUGUGAACUUCCGGAAGCUCCUCCUGAAUCGAUGCCAGAAUGAGUUUGAGAAGGAUAAAUAUGACAACGAGAUAUUUGAAAGGAAGCAACAGGAGCUGGAGGCUGCAGAAGGGGUAUUGUACUGUAAAGAUGAGGAGAAGCAACGGUUAAUUGAGGAUCUUGAAGAGUCUAAAAACAAGGCUAGGAGGCGCUCACUUGGUAAUAUUAAAUUCAUCGGUGAGCUAUUCAAACUAAAGAUGCUCACGGAAGUCAUUAUGCAUGAGUGCAUUGUAAAGCUACUGAAAAACCAUGAUGAGGAGUCUCUGGAGUGCCUGUGCAGACUGUUAUCUACCAUUGGAAAGGAUCUAGACUUUGAAAAGGCCAAGCCUCUUAUGGACCAGUACUUCAAACAGAUGGAUAAAGUAAUAAAGGAAAAGAAGACCAGCGCCAGGAUCCGUUUUAUGUUGCAAGAUGUGGUGGACCUUCGACGGAGUAAUUGGGUGCCCAGACGAGGCGACCAAGGCCCAAAGACUAUUGACCAGAUCCACAAAGAAGCUCAGCUGGAGGAGCACAGAGAGCAGAUGAAAGUGCAACAUGCCCUCAUCGCUAAGAAAGAGUCUUUCGGCAGUCCGGGAAACAGGAUGGGUGGAGGAGGAUCAGGGAGUCGUGGAGGACCUCACACUCCUGGCCGUGGUGUUUCACCACAAGAUGAUGGCUGGAACACAGUUUCCAAGAACCGAACUUAUGAUGGGAAAUUGAAAUUCCCAAAGGCAUCUUUUGAUAUCCACGCUCAGUGUCUCGCUCCAGGAGGCAAAGGUGCUUUGAGCUGGGGUAGGGGCAGUAGUGGUGGUAGCACCAACAAGCUUAUGGAUUCCGAAUUGGGCGGCCGUCCAGCUGCCAACAGGUUCUCAGCUCUGCAACAGUCCUCGUCAGGCACUUCAGAGUCAGACAGACGGGUUCCUCAGAGAAACAGCUCAAGUCGAGAGCGGGGCGAGCGUUCUGACCGGGCCGAUCGUGGACUUGACCGACGUGAUGAUCGUGAGCGAAACAGGCCACAGGGUGCUGCUACACGCAGCUUCAGUCGGGAAAAUGAAGAACAGAGUUGGCAGAGAGAGCAGAGUGGUUCAGCAGAUCCAGUCCGCAAAGUAGCAAAUAUGACAGAUGACAGAGAUCGCGGCAGCAAAGAGAGAACUCAGAGUCGAGAGAACGUGAGGAGGGAAACAGCUUGCACUCCUCCACCUCUCCAAACUGCUACCAAGCCUGCUUUGACUGUGGAAGAGCUAACCAAAAAAUCCAAAGCCAUCAUUGAAGAAUACCUCCACAUCCUUGAUAUCAAGGAGGCCCUGCAAUGUGUGAACGAGAUAAACUGCCCUCAGCUGUUGUUUGUGUUUGUACAAUUCGGUCUGGAGUCAACAUUGGAGCGGAACACCAUUACAAGAGAGAACCUGGGUCGGCUGCUGCACCAGCUCAUUAAGACAGGCAUCCUCCUGACAGAACAGUACUUUAAAGGGCUUCGUGAAAUCCUGGUGGUAGCUGAAGAAAUGGCGAUCGACAUCCCGCACAUCUGGCUCUACCUGUCAGAACUGAUCACUCCCAUGCUCCAUGAGGGAGGGAUCCCAAUGGGACACCUGUUUAAGGAGAUUUCAAAGCCUUUGAUCCCUCUGGGCAAAGCUGGAGACCUGCUUGUCUGUAUCCUCACUUUACUCUGCAAAGAGAUGAGCCAUAACAAGGUGGGCACAAUGUGGCGGGGGGCAGGACUCCAAUGGAAAGACUUCCUCCCUGAGGAUGUAGAUGUCAACAAGUUUGUGACCGAAAAGAAUGUGAUGUUCACACUGGCUGAAGCAUCUGAAAAGAGUAAAACCAAGAAGAUGAGUUCUGCAGAGUUGAGCAGACAGCUUGAAAGACUGAUCCAAGACAAGGCUGACAGCAAAAGAAUCAUCGACUGGAUUGAGGCCAACCUGGAUGAGCAGCAGGCCUCCUCCAACAUGUUUGUCAGAGUACUGAUGACCUGUAUUUGCCAGUCAGCAAUCAUCUGUGAGAAUCCCUACAAGGUGAAUGAUGAGAUAAUCAAUCAGAGGGCCAAGUUGCUGCAGAAAUUCCUGAAGGAUGAGCAGAAGGAGUUGCAAGCUCUCUAUGCCUUACAGGCUCUAAUGGUGCACAUGGAGCAGCCGGCCAAUCUGCUGCGAAUGUUCUUUGACACACUUUAUGAUGAGGAAGUAAUCAAAGAUGAUGCCUUCUACAAGUGGGAGUCGUGCAAGGACCCCGCCGAGCAGCAGGGCAAGGGCGUGGCCCUCAAGUCCGUCACCGGCUUCUUCACAUGGUUACGCCAGGCGGACGAAUCGGACAACAGUUAGAAUCUCUGGAGCGUGACAUUUGGACUGGGAGGAUUUCAAUUGGGAUCCUUUGGGACAGGACUUGAGGACGAUUCAGACAAGCUGACUAAGUCCUUCGACAGAAACGGGAGGAAAAAAAAGCAAUAAAAAAAAUCUUCAGCUGGGAGAGAUUGUAUUAUCGAUUGAGCAUUCAAUCAUGUCAUUUCUUUUAUUUUUGUGCAAUUGAAUGUCCUUUUUCCAAUGAAUCCAUGUGACAAGAAUCUAGAGUAGAUAAUGAGAAUGCCGAUAAGCGGAGGCUAAUAGCGUUUACGUCAAUAUUUUAUUUUUGACUGCUUGCUUUGAAUUUUGACUCCAACUUUGAAAUGGCUUUCCCUCAUCUCAGCAACACUAUGCUGACAAAUACAUAAAUAUCUUAGAGGCUCUAUAUAUUUUUUUGAUGAUGUCAUCCAUUUGUCAUGGCAACUCUGCAACAGUGACACUUGGUGUUUGUUCUACAUGCCCAUGAAGACGCUUUUUUUCAACAUUUUUUUCUGUAUUGAAUGAUUGGCCUGUGUUUUUUAGUAAAUGGGAAAAAAAAUCUGAAGAAAGGUGGACAUUUGGAAGCAGGAGUCAUAAGACUUGUAGACUUCUGAAGACGAAACGCAGAUUUUACAAGGACAGCGUCAUUGAGGAGAGUCAUCACGAACACUGACCAGUUUUGCUGCUGGGCACGAUGACCAGUCGACCCCCCGCCCACAAACACACGCACACACUUAGUGUAACCUACCCUCCGCUGUAUCUGUGCUACUGUUUCCUUGUCUGUACUUCACGACAGAACUUGAAGCCAGCAAGACGCUUGUUGGAUUUUAAUAAGAUACUGUCAUUGAAACUUGAAAAGUUGCAUAGUUGAGACUCCACUUUAUGAAAGUAACUUUAAAAAUAAUGUUCAACAGGACAAAUCCGAAGGCCUUUUUGCUUCCAUGAGUGGAAACAGAUUUUAGGAGAGUUCUGUACAUAUAUACUGAUAUUUUUUAUCCCCUAAAAAGAAAAUACUCAUGUAGUUUUGCUUUCUUGUAA